GCGGGCGCAGGCAGAGCGCACAGAGAAGGUCCGCGGCGGGAUCUGUGUUGCUGCGGCGCCGGCGAACCCCACACAGGGCAGCCGCACCCACAGAGCUACCUUCGCAGUGCGAAGCGCACAGCUCCGAGGGACGGACUAGUCCUCGCUUGCCGCACCUCAGCUGCACUCCUGGUCGGGAGGUCCGGCUCCGGGAUCUCCGGACCUGCCAGGUGCCCUCGGCUCCGGAGGGGCGCGCGGCAGCGGCGCGCGGAAUGGCUUCGGCGGGCAGCGGUAUGGAGGAGGUGCGCGUGUCGGUGCUGACUCCACUGAAGCUGGUCGGGCUGGUGUGCAUCUUCCUGGCGCUGUGUCUGGACCUGGGGGCCGUGCUGAGCCCGGCCUGGGUCACUGCUGACCACCAGUACUACCUGUCCCUGUGGGAGUCCUGUCGGAAACCCGCCAGUCUGGACAUCUGGCACUGCGAGUCCACGCUCAGCAGCGAUUGGCAGAUUGCUACUCUGGCCUUACUCUUGGGUGGUGCAGCCAUCAUUCUCAUUGCAUUCCUGGUGGGUUUGAUUUCUAUCUGCGUGGGAUCUCGAAGGCGCUUCUACAGACCUGUUGCUGUAAUGCUUUUUGCAGCAGUUGUUUUACAGGUUUGCAGCCUUGUCCUUUACCCAAUCAAGUUCAUUGAAACUGUGAGCUUGAAAAUUUAUCACGAAUUCAACUGGGGUUAUGGCCUGGCCUGGGGUGCAACUAUAUUUUCAUUUGGGGGUGCCAUCCUUUAUUGCCUGAACCCUAAGAACUAUGAAGACUACUACUGAAACCAAGUCUCAUAUUUAGAAAAAAAAGAGAAAAAGAAAAAGCAACCAUCCAACAAAAGAAUUACACCUGCAUCUUUUCUAACUUUUUUCUAAAACACUUGUGGAGCAUUAAGUUGUUUGCUCAUUUGAUUUAAUAUCUUUUUGCCUUUUGGCUGUCAAUAUCAUAACCAGCCUUUUCAUCCAUUUUAGAGACCUACACAAAUUAAGAGAGCUGAUUAGACAUAGGCAAAUGCUGCAAACUUCCAAUAUGUUCAUGUCAUUUUUCUUGACAAGUGAAGAGUCUGUGUGACAGCAACUAUUGUAAGAAACUAGUUGGAAUGAGAAUUUCCUGAAUCUCAUAUUGCCUGCAGGGAAUUGACUAGUAUAAGCAACAUUUAGAAAUUCCCUUGCUAUGAUAAGGAGUCCACUGCUAAAUCCUACAUCAUUUGCUUAUCCCACCCAAUGACUAUACUGGUUGUUGGUAAUUGAGUGAGUGAGCUCUUGAAAAGUGAACUGCUUUUCAGUAUCUUAUAGUUAUUGUGAAUAUAAUUGGUUAAGGAUACACAUUCCACUUUCAAGAAUAUUUUUUUAAUUGGAGGCUAGGCUUUGGCAAUCAGUAUCUCCUUUGAAAGGAAGUCAAGACUUGGAGACAUGUGCUCUUCUUACAUGGUUAGAAACUGUGCCUCAAACUUUUCAAGAACAAGAGAAAAUUGAGGGUCUCUGCUUUUCCUAGGGCAAUCAGAAAGAAAUAUGCAUGAGUUGCAUUUUUACCCUUUAAAUCAUUUACAAAAUAUUGCAGCAAACAACUGUGCAUAUGUAACAAACUUAAAUAUUUUUAUAGAAGUUGAACCAUUAGUAUAAAUGCUAAUAAGUUUUUCCCUAACCCUGCACAUGCAUUUACCAAUUACACAUAAAGUUAAUAUUUGCUCUGGUGAAGUGGUUUGAACACUAACCUUGUACUCAUUUAGAAACUUAGAUUGGUUUUCAUAUACAUUUACCAUAUAAAAGUACAUAUACCUUAAAGCAUUUGCUCUAUGUUCUCUACUGUUUCAGUGGAAAGUAUUAAUAGUAUUGUCUACUAAGAAAAAUUGAAAUGGUGUUAAUGUGAAAAUGAAUGAUUCUUCCCUAAGCACUGUAGUUCAAAUGAAAGCAGCAGUUAGGUUGAUAACUUUGUGUAAAAUUCUUUAAAGUACAGGGCUGCUAUUUCUUCAAGUAUUUCAAAUGUCUGCAUUUAAAAAGAUAGUGAUAGAUUCAUAUAAAUGUCUCAAUGUCUUGGUAGAGGAAUAGAAUUCAUUUGGUUAUCACCUGGUCCUCUGGAAUUAACUGAUGGGCUGAUUUGUAUUCACAAUUAUGAUGAAUUUAUGUUAUGGGAAUUAUUUACUUACUAUUCCAAUGGCAGAAAAUAUCAAUAAUAUGAAUAAGUUUGCAGCUAAUCUCAUACUGCAAGCACAUUAUUUCUGUUUAAUAUACAAAUUUGAAUAGUUUAAUUAUAAACCUAUUUUUAUAGAAAUAUACAAUUCUAAUAUAAAAGUUAUAAAUAAUUAUUUUUGUUAACAGUGUCACUAAAACAAUGUUAUUAUGGUUUGACCCUCUUGCAGAAAGAAGCAUUGGCAAAAAAAACUUAAAACAUUUCCAUUUAUUAUUAUAUUGCAAAUCCAUUGCAAGCAAGAUCAUAUCAAGAAUAUUUAGUAAUUUGCUUCACCUCCCAGAGUUCUGCUUUUAACUUGUCUUAAAAAUAGUUGCCAAAAACAACAGCCCCCACCCAGUGAAACUAUUUUAUUAUUCAAAUGCCAAAAAAUCCACUUAUAUGAUGAAUUUUAUACAGAAUCAAAAAAUAAAUGUGAAGUACCAGGUUUAUUCUUAUUUUAGUAAUUUUAGACAAAUGUGUAUGCUAGAGAGAAUACUUUAUAAAAGCAUAUGAUUCUAUAAAGAAUCAUAAGAAACUUUGAGUGGAAUUUUUCCAGAAAGAUACUAUUAUUAUAGAAUGUUUAGAAGCAAUCUUCUUAGGGACUAGUAAAAUGUAGGGCAGAAUUGAAGUUAAUUGCAUAUUUUAAGAACAGCAGAAGAAAUAAAAUAUUUGAAUUUUGGUUACCAAACACUGUUGUGAGAAGAUCUCUUUAUUUCUAUAUAGUUAAAGAACAGUACUUUGGUGAUGUUGUCAAUUAGGCACUUUUCUUGGACAUAGUAGUAGAGGAUGUGAUGUGCUAUUAGAACUAAUAUCAUAAUUGUGUCAAGUUUUCAUUUCCUGUCAAUAUGACAAGCUAGGUAAUGACAGAAAACACUAUAUAUUGAGGCACAUAUAUUUGCAGUUUACUGAGAAGAUUUCUUCUAUAUCUUUCCCCAGUGAAGAACCAGCCCUAUGUUACAUUUCUACCAUCAUUAAUAAUUGGAAGUGUUUCAUUACUAACAAAGCUCAGUACAACAGGAAACUUAUUGCUCAUCAAAAAUAUUAUUUUUGUCUUUCAGAAUAAACACAAGUGAAGUUUUACCUACAUUAACAUGUUUUUGCAGUUUUGAGUUUGUUACAUUUUUUCUGUAAACUGUUAACCACAACUCCUUGUUUAUUUUAGAGAGAAUAUAUAUAUAUACAUAUAUGGCAGAAAAGUACUCAGCAGGGCUAGUUAUUCAGAUUUCUUGCACAAGUAUUUAGCUUUUUGUAAGUUCAACAUGUAAAUUUUAAAGACAUAAAUAUAGAGACACCUAUGUGUUUGAAAUAUAAAUGAUAUAUAUGGAUUAGCAUGUACCUGUAUAUUAUUAAAAAAUGCAAUGAACCGAUUGGUAAGUGAUGUUUAACUGUAUGGCUAGCAAUGUAAUUUAUUCAGACUGUAUUUUUGUACAGAGCAGUGCAUACUAACCUAUGCCUCUGUGUCCUCUUUAAUGCCUAAAACUGUGCCUAGAAAUUUCAUCUGUCUUAAAAAUAAAAUAUGCUUCAUGCUGUUUAUGCUAUUAAUUUCUCUAUUGCUAUUCUAUAUUUAUUAUUUUUGACUAUAUGACAUGUUUAUUACUUAAAUAUGAAUUUAUGGUAUCCUGGUUACUUUUUAUAACAAUCAUCUGGGGGAAGCGUGUUUAUCACUCCCAUGAUUUUGACUUUGCAGUUCCAUGAUCAGUUCUUCAUUUCAUGAUUUUUGUAGUUGACUUGAAGUUAUCUAUGUGGAAAAAAUAAAAAUAAAAGUGGAUUAACUGA